CCUGUCUCGGUGCCCCCUUUGAGAACCGAACACAGCCUUUCGUAUCUAAAGAAUCUGUGUUCCCAAAAUGGCCUCAUUUGUUCGCUCCAGACUAAACUGCAUAUGGGUCUGUCAGUAAAAAUCAAAUUCUUCCUAUGUACAUCGAGAAAAAAACAGGAAAUUUAUCAGGAAACAAUGAAGAAAACGGCUGCUCUGUUUCAAUUUCACUCUGUUUUCCGUUACCGUGGAAUCCAGACCACUAAGUAAUGAUCUGGCUGCAGCCUCUCCUCUGCCAGUAAACCAAGCUGCCAGUUUGUCUGCUUUCACUUGCUCUCUCUCUCUCUCUCUCUUCCUUUUCCCCUUUUGUUUUCUUUUUAUUUCUUUUUUUCUGUUUUUAUCUCUUUCCAUUUAUUCUGCCCUGUUGCCCACAUUCCAUAAUCUUGUCUCUGAGCCUUGAGGAACGCUUUUGUUUCUUCUUCCUCUCCCUUGGGUUUCUUUCGGUAACACAGAACUAAGCACGGAAUUUUGGCUCAACUUUUUUACAGCAAGUUUCCAAAUGAUGUGCAGCAUUCUGGGGAAGAUGGGAUCUUUGGGUUUCUUGAUGGAACGAGAAAACCAAACCAAAAACUGAACCUCCAUCAUCAUUACAAUGAGGGACUUUGCUUGUUUCGGUGAAAGUGGAGUUCAAAUCGCUGAUGCCUCCUCAUCUUCUUCUUCUUCCUCUUCAUCUAAAAAUGCUCAGAAUCAAGUGACUUGCAUCUAUCAGACCCAACUCGGGUCUCGUUCUUGCAUAAUCACCAUAACAUGGACCAAGAACUUGGUGGGGCAAGGCCUCAGCAUCUCAAUAGACGAUUCCACAAACCAGUCCCUCGGCAAAUUGGAAAUAAAACCGUGGUUGUUCUCAAAGAAAAAGGGUUCCAAAUGCUUGGAUUCUGAUAAGAUGAAGGCUGAGGUUUUCUGGGAUCUCUCCGCUGCUAAGUUUGGACCCGGACCCGAACCAUUAGAGGGUUUCUAUGUCGCAAUUCUCUUUGAUCUUGAAAUGGUUCUGCUUCUCGGAGACAUGAACAAGGAAGCCUAUCGAAAAACAGGUACAAGCCUUCCUCCUUCUAAUGCUGUGUUUAUAGCCAAGAGGGAGCACUUGUUUGGCAAGAAGCUGUAUUGUACAAAGGCUCAGUUCUGUAACAAUGGGAGGAUUCAUGAUGUUGUGAUUGAAUGUGAUACUAUUGGAUUGAAGGAUCCUUGCCUUGAGAUCCGGAUCGAUCGAAAGAGGGUGAUGCAAGUGAAGAGGUUAUUAUGGAAGUUUCGGGGGAAUCAGACAAUUCUUGUGGAUGGGAUUCCAGUUGAAGUGUUUUGGGAUGUGCAUAGUUGGCUCUUUGAUGCGCCGGUUGGGAGCGCAGUUUUUAUGUUCCAUACCCGCAUUGCAGCUGACAAGCUGCCUUGGUCAUCCUCGCAGGUCUUCGGUGAAACCCAAUUGAGGGAUCUUGGCUUUUCGUUGAUUUUGCACGCUUGGAAGAAUGAGUAAGGUGUAUGUAAGAUCGGGAGGAUGUUUGAUUAUACUCUUGGUAAAGUUGUUUUGAUUGCUAACGGAAUGCAUUCAUGAGUAGUGAUUGGAUUUUGACAUUUGUGUGUGAGACUGUCAUUUGUUUUUUUCUUUUCAUUCUCAUGAUAUAUUUUACCUAUGAAAUGAGAACAAUAGUUGGUAUUAUAAUUGGUUUUUUAUGCAUAACUGAUUGCGGAAGCUCAAAUUCAUAGACAUGAAAUUGGGAAUAGUUCUGUGAGUCUUUGAACUGCCUUUUUUUUAAAAGCUCUUAAUUUUACUUCUAACGUUUACCUCCCGUCAUUGGUUGUAAAAUGUGUAGACUAAUUGCAGUAAGCCUUACACAUAAAUCUGGAGGUCAUGUGCACGAGGAUAUUGAGAAUAAUCCUCAAAAUUGCUAUGUGACCCAAUAUCUUAUUGAAAGUUUGUUAACUUUUUAUCCUCUUGCACUCUUCAUAUUAAAUGUAAUACUACAUUGAGCAGAAAUAGGAUGUAAGUACAUUUCACAAAAUCUUAUGUAGCAGUAUAGUCUUUAUUAUAAGGUGUUUACAUAUCUUUAAGGUGGGUUACUCUAUGGAGGAAUCAAAUACGUGACAUCUUGCUCGAAUUAAUAAAAAUAAAAAUAAAAAAAAUCUGUAACUACAUGUAAGAGACUGAGUUCACUGAGUUAUGAAGGUAAAAACAUGCUGCCGGAAGGUACUGUUUUGGUGAAUCUUCAAGUUUCCCCACUGAUCCGCCAUAUUUGUUUCUUUAUUCUUUUUUGUUUUUGUGCAGGACUGAAGAGUUCUCAUGACAAUUUACUAAGAGAAGGAUUGAGAUUAAUCAAAUGAAUCCCAUCACCCUAAAUCAAGUCUUGGUUUCUUUUUCGCAACAGGUUCACUGAAUAUCAUGUAAAUUGAUUUAUCAUCUAUUCAUCUGAGGGUACAAUGUUAAUGCCGCUGCUGUAGGCAUAACAAAUUAUGCUUUGGUUUUAUAGUUUAUUUGUGUCCAUUUAACUUCAUUUUCUGUUAUGCAUGUGCAAUUUACACCUCGCUAUGGUGUGUCAGAUCACAAAUCAAGGACUUGCUACUGAUGAAUAUUUAACUAGUUGUAUCUCAUGCAAACUAGCAUGCAUACUUUGCCCCCAUUAAAUUUCCCUUGUAUCUCUUAUGUUAUGAUUGAUUACAGAUAAAAGUGAUUAUAAGAAUGACAAUUGAUAUUGGGACACAACUAAGGAAAUGGGAAAGAGAAAAAUAAAGAAAUUAAGAAAAGGACAAGUUGUAAAGGAUUCA